GUUUACGGCAAUGCAAUUAUUCGUCUGCGCCGUGCAUCCACUGAACAGCGCUGUUGUUAACAUUCGGCUUUCUGCGUCACGUAUCUGGUAAUCGCAAAGACAGACUUUGGAGUUCACUGCUUUUCUCUCUGAGCUUUGUUUCCUGCUCGUGUCUUUCCUGCUUUUGGAACCGGUAAUUGGUCAAAUCACUCGACAGCGUCCCCCUGUUUUGGCAGCCCUACGAACGAAUUACUACUAGUCAAGUCAAAAUGCCUCUGUGCGGUAGUUCGAAGAAGCCUUUAUCCCGCAAGAUCGUGAUCUUGGGCGACGGUGCCUGUGGCAAGACCUCUCUUUUGAAUGUCUUCACGCGCGGUUACUUCCCGCAGGUUUACGAGCCGACAGUUUUCGAAAACUACGUGCACGACAUAUUUGUCGACGGUACUGCCGUACAGUUGUCGCUCUGGGAUACUGCUGGCCAGGAGGAAUUCGACAGGCUACGGUCAUUAUCCUACAGCGAUACACACACCAUCAUGCUUUGCUUCAGCAUCGAUUCGAGCGAUUCGCUAGAAAACGUGCAAACAAAGUGGAUCCAGGAAAUUGCAGAGCAUUGCCCUGGUGUCAAGCUUGUGCUAGUCGCGCUCAAGUGUGAUUUGCGCAGUACUGCGAACGAUACAGACGCGGUACAGUCUGCUGCUGCUGCUGCUGCCUCGGGCUCUCCGGCCGCGAUCGCUGCCAGCACGCGAAAGUCGUACAUUAGCUACGAUGAAGGACUCGCGGUAGCUCAGAAGGUUGGCGCGCUGCGAUAUCUGGAGUGCUCGGCUAAGAAGAACCGGGGAGUGAACGAGUGCUUUACGGAGGCGGCGCGAUGUGCUCUUAGCUCAAAGUCGAAAGGUUAGUUUUUGCUGUGGUGUUUGUGUCUGUUAGCAGUGGAGUUUGGUAUGAAUGAAUCACUAACUUUGGGCUGUAGAUGAUCCUCCCGAUGGUGGCUGUACGAUAAUGUGAAGAGUGUUUGGGUGGAGUGUAUGAUAUGAAGUAAAAGCGCAGCGAGUGGCAGAUGGUAGUGUAAUGUGCACGAUUGAGUCAAGCAGUAAAUGUCAGUCAGCAUGAUAGGAAGCUGAGAGUAUAGGAAAUAACAAGAUAUCAUUGUGGUGAUGUUACGAGACGUCGCCAAUACAUAUAGUACAUAGCAAGGUAGACGCUGGAUGUUUUACAAAUCGGGCAAA